AUUAAAGACUUUUCUGGAAGUAUUGGAAAAACCAAUAGAAGAACGAGAUGUUGAUAUUAGCUGCAAUCAUUUUAAUCUUUUGCCUAGUUCUUUACUAUGAAACGAAAAUGCCAAAUAACUUUCCCCCAGGACCACCAUUUAAUAUUCCAAUUAUUGGGCAUUCACAUCUUAUAAGAAAACUUUCAAAGAAAUAUGGUGGCCAACAUAAAGCAUUUGAAAGUCUCGUAGAAAAGUAUGGAAGUUCGAUUUUGGGUGUAAAGCUCGGGAGAGAAUUGGUUGUUGUAGCUUAUACUUGUGACAUUGUAAAAGAGAUUCUUACAAGAGAAGAGUUUGAUGGUCGACCAGACAAUUUCUUUAUUAGACUGCGAACAAUGGGAACAAGAUUGGGCAUUACUUGUACUGAUGGGAAAUUGUGGAAUGAACAAAGAAGCUUCGUUAUGAGACAUUUGAGAAAUGUUGGCUACGGAAAAUCUAGAAUGGAGGAUCAGAUUCAAAGCGAAUUGAAGGAACUCACUCAUUCUAUUGAGGAAUUUGAAGGUAAACCCAUUUGGCCAUUGAAAGAUCUUCUUCCGCCAAGUGUUAUCAAUAUUUUGUGGAUUUUCACAACUGGAAAGCGAAUUCCACGUAAUGAUGAAAGACUCGCAAAGUUUUUAAACAUUCUUGCUAGACGAUCAAAAGCAUUUGAUUUGUCUGGUGGAAUUUUAACUUCAAUGCCAUAUCUUAGACACGUCNUAAUGAGAGUCCACUGUAUUUAA